GUGCGGGCGCGGCUUCCCGGGUCCCCGGCAGCGGCCUCUACACUCGCGGCGGCGGCAUCUACGCUCGCAGAGCCGCCGAUGCGCGUCCGGUGACCCGGACAGCGAGGCCCGCGCGCGGCGGGGGCGGCGGCAGACGCCUGGCCACCGUGACCCCAAUUUUGGACUUACCGCUCGGGGGGUGGGGGGAGCCUAACUGGCGAUUGUUUUGGGGGACGCCGGACGCCAUGUUGUGGAAAAUAACCGAUAAUGUCAAGUAUGAAGAGGAUUGCGAGCCUCGGGAACAGGGCCUGGAAAAAGAAUGGCAGAUCCCACCCACAAAGCUUACCGGCGGCGCCAACAUGUGCGGGCUGGUGAGCGAGCGCUCGCUGCACCGUAUGCACCGCGUGCCGACUGCUUCCCCGGGCCCCGGCCCCGGCUUCUCCAAGCCCAAGGCCUGGGGUUCGGACUUGGCACCUCAGAGCGCCUCGGGCGUCGGAGCGCCCAGACCUUGGCCGCCGGGCUUUGAGGGCGCGUUCCCCCAGGAUCGGCACGACGCGAGCAGCAACGGGAACCCGCGCCUCCCCCACCUCUCCUCGGCCGGGCAGCACCUCUACAGCCCCGCGCCGCCCCUCUCCCAUACUGGAGUCGCCGAAUACCAGCCACCACCCUACUUUCCACCUCCCUACCAGCAGCUGGCUUACUCGCAGUCAGCCGACCCCUACUCGCAUCUGGGAGAAGCCUACGCCGCUGCCAUCAACCCCCUGCACCAGCCGGCGCCCACCGGCAGCCAGCAGCAGGCCUGGCCCGGCCGCCAGAGCCAGGAGGGGACUGGCCUGCCGUCGCACCACGGGCGCCCGGCCGGCCUGCUCCCCCACCUCUCCGGGCUGGACGGGGGUACCAUGAGCGCCCGCCGCGAUGCCUACCGCCGCUCGGACCUGCUGCUGCCGCCGCACGCGCACGCCCUGGACGCCGCGGGCCUGGUGGAGAACCUGGGGCUCCACGACAUGGCGCACCAGAUGGAGGAGGUGCAGAACGUCGACGACCAGCACCCGCUUCUGCACGAUCAGACGGUUAUUCGCAAAGGUCCCAUUUCAAUGACCAAGAAUCCCUUGAGCCUCCCUUGUCAGAAGGAGCUGGUGGGGGCCGUGAUGAAUCCCAGCGAGGUCUUCUGCUCCGUCCCUGGAAGAUUGUCCCUCCUCAGCUCCACGUCUAAAUACAAAGUGACAGUUGCUGAAGUCCAGAGGCGAUUGUCCCCGCCUGAGUGCCUGAAUGCCUCAUUACUGGGAGGUGUUCUCAGAAGAGCCAAAUCUAAAAACGGAGGCAGGUCCCUGCGGGAGAAGUUGGACAAGAUUGGGUUGAAUCUUCCAGCCGGGAGACGGAAAGCUGCUCAUGUAACGCUCCUGACUUCCUUAGUAGAAGGUGAGGCUGUGCAUUUGGCUCGGGACUUCGCAUAUGUUUGUGAAGCAGAAUUUCCUAGUAAAUCGGUGGCCGAAUAUUUAACCAGACCUCAUCUAGGAGGACGGAAUGAGAUGGCAACCAGGAGGAACAUGCUGCUGGCCGCACAGCAAGUGUGUAAAGAAUUCACAGAUCUUCUCAAUCAAGACCGAACACCCAACGGGAACAACCGGCCCACCCCGGUGUUGGAGACGAACAUACAGAACUGCUUGUCUCAUUUCAGCCUGAUUACCCACGGGUUUGGCAGCCAGGCCAUCUGUGCCGCCGUGUCUGCUGUGCAGAACUACAUAAAAGAAGCCCUGAUAGUCAUAGACAAAUCCUAUAUGAAUCCUGGAGACCAGAGUCCAGCUGAUUCUGGCAAAACCCUGGAGAAAAUGGAGAAGCAUAGGAAGUAAAAUGAGGGGGAAUGAAGGGCCGAAGAGUCUUGAAGGAAAAGGCCUCUGAAGUCGUUCUUGACCUGGACAGACUGGGAACCCCUCUGGCCUGGUGGACAGAGUUUUUACCCACCUUCCCAUUAAAAAGGCUUCCACUGAUUUCCAGAUCCGCGCGUGCCCUCCCGGAUUGUUAGUUGUUUCUCUAGCGCUGAAGUAUCUCCUUAACUCUGGACAAGUUAUCAGAAGGUGACAAGUACUGGUUCUUUACUCAUUAAGCUUGUAUUUUAUUUUUUUGAACCCCAUUUUUCCUUUCUCUGAAAGUGGUGCUACAAGUUUUAGAACCUGUAAAAUAAAUUGCCUGGGUGAAGAAAAACCCACACACUUA